UCUUUUGCGUGACUGUCAAAUCUCAUUCUUCUCUUUCUUCUCUCUCUCCAAGAGAAAGAAAAUCUGAGUUUCCGAGAAAAUAAAAUCUCAAGAGUUAAAAAGAAAGAAACUUUUGUCGAAGAGAUUCCAAUCGGUGAUCUUUGUCUUUCUUUUCUCUAGAAAAUCUCUGUUGCUCUCUAUAUAUCCAUAUAGAUGCUCUAAGACUAUAGUUGUUGUUGCAGAUAAUAAUGGAGGGAGACACAAUAUCUAGGAUGAUGGGAAGUGGAGUUCAAAUGGAUGGGAAGAUUCUUCAAACGUUUGAGAAAAGUUUUGUUCAAGUGCAAAACAUAUUGGACCACAACAGAUUGCUUAUAAACGAGAUAAACCAAAACCAUGAGUCCAAAAUCCCGGACAACCUCGGACGAAACGUCGGUUUGAUCCGAGAAUUGAACAAUAACGUGAGAAGGGUUGCUCAUCUUUAUGUCGAUCUUUCCAACAACUUCUCCAAAUCCAUGGAAGCUUCUUCUGAAGGAGACUCAUCAGAAGGACGAGGUAACAGAAGAAUCAGGCCUGCUUAAUUAAGAAUCAGGGUUGUUUCUUCAAAAUUAGCUUCGAAAUUAGCUUUUAAUGUGGGCUAAUCUCCUUUCUCAAGUGAUUGGCGAUAAAUGUUUUAAAGCAGAAAUGGUGAUUGUAAUUGAAAAAUAUGUUCAAUACUAUUAUUUGAAAAGUAUGUUUAGUGAGGUCGACACAAAGUUGGAAGAAAUAACAAGUUUGCCAUUGGAUUACAAAAAUUAUUUCAUGAAAAACCUGUUUCAAAACCGCUGAUUUUUUUGACCCGGAUUUUAAAAGUCGG